UAAGUUUACAAUUGAACAAAUACAAACCAGCAACAGCGUAAGAUUGAUUAUAAAAAUUUAAAAGUUUCUUGUUCUCCUGUACUAAUUCCUCACGUGUAGUAGUGUUACAAUAAUAUAUAUAUUUAUUAAAAAUAUGGGGAAAAUGAAGCAUAAGAGAGGUAAAGCUGCAAAAAAUGCACAAAAAAGAAUUGAUGAACCCGAGGCACUUGCACCUCAUUCCUUUGUUAUAAACAGAGGAAAGCUUGGAAAGAAUGGACACGAAUUAUUGCUAAAUUUUCGAAAAAUAAUGGAACCAUAUACCGCUUCUCAAUUAAAGGUACAAAAAGCGAAUGUAUUGAAAGAUUUCGUUCAUAUAGCGGGUCCUUUAAAUGUUACACAUUUAGUAGUUUUCACUAAGACUGAAAAUGCAAUCUAUUUGAGAACAGCAAAACUUCCACAUGGUCCUACAUUGACCUACCAAGUAAAAGAGUACUCUUUAAUUAAAGAUAUUAUAUCUUCUCAAAAGAAAUCUGUAAUUUAUGAAAAAUUGUUUCGUCAUCAACCUCUUCUUGUUUUAAAUAACUUCUCUGGUGAUGGUGUGCAUUUGAAGCUAAUGGCUACAACAUUUCAACACAUGUUCCCAUCUAUAAAUGUUAACAAGACAAACUUAAAUACUAUUCGAAGAUGUUUAUUCUUAAACUAUAACGAAGACAAAACUGUGGAUUUGAGACAAUAUGCCAUAAAAGUUGUUCCUACAGGAAUAAGUAAGGCUGUUAAAAAACUUAUCCAAUCAAAAGUUCCAAAUUUAAGUCAGCAUAAAGAUAUUUCAGACUUCAUUGAAAAAUCUGGUAAUCUUUCUGAGAGUGAAGUUGAAUUUGAUGGUGCAACAAAUACGGUUACUUUACCUCAGCCAAUAUCAUCACGAGGGAACAUAGCUUUUGAAAAAAGUGCCAUACGGUUUUAUGAAAUUGGUCCAAGAAUGACAUUGCAACUAAUGAAAAUUGAAGAAGGUCUUAUGAGCGGGGAAGUUCUUUUCCAUCAGUUUGUAUCUAAAACUCCAGAAGAAAUUAAAGUUUUGAAAGAAAGGUGUAAGGAAAAAAAGAGUGCAGAAUAUGACCUAUUGCGCAUGCAAAGUUUGGAAGAUAAUUAGUGUGCCACAAGGAAAAUUUCCCUUCCUAGAGCUUUUUGAGUAAAGAUCUAAAAUAUAUAACUGAAAAUAUAUUUAAAAAUGUUUGCUCAUUAAAAUACCAUGUGAUAUUUCUUUUCUAAUAGGAUAAUAAAAAUUUCUGAUUAAUAGGAA